AUGACGAAAUAUUUUGAAGGAAAUUAUCCAAUUGACACAUCAAUCGGACUUUUAGCAUGUCAUAAUGGUACAAACGAUCUUGCUCUUCCUAAAGAUAUAAGAAACUCGACAACAUGUAAACCAUCCGAGCUUCCAGGAGGGAAAGAGAAAGUUUUGAAGAUCAAAAGCCAGCGGGAAGAAGAAACAGCCGCAAGCACUCGUUUUUCGUACAUUUUUAUGGGAAUCCGAGUUUAUGGAUCGCUUCUCUUUCCCCUCAUCUCUCUCAUCAUCGACUACAUCUCCGACUUUGCCUACAUCAAUGCUCUUCUCAUCGACUUUCCACUCGAUUCGACAUAUAUUCAUCUUCAAAAACCCGCGAUAGCAGCAAUGGUUGUCUAUGAAAUCUUCGCGAUCAUAGCAUUUCCUUUGACAGCUGCAACGAUGCUGAUCUGGUUGAAUACUAGAGAAGGCUUUUACGAAGAUAUUCAGCAGAAAAUGCUGGUUUCUUCUAUUGCAUAUUUGCUCGACGAUGGUCCAGAGACAAUUUUACAGUACUAUUUCAUCGACAAAUUCAGUGGAACUGACUAUUUCUACCCCGACGGCUUUGAGACGACGAAAAAUUCAGCGAUCUUGAUGAGCUCAAUCGUUACUUUUUCCCUCGCGCUUUUCAGCUUCAUCAGAUUGACGCUUCGAUACAAGGAUUUGAUCAAAGAGCAGCGAGAAAGUAAAGUGAAAUUUGGAAAGGAUGAAAUGAAGAUGCUGGGACAGUACUUUUUCAUCACUGUUCUACCACUUGUCAUAAGCUGCUUGAGAGUUGCAGCUACGAAAUAUCAACUCGAUGAUAGAAAAAGUUAUGUCGACGGCUGCUUGGAAUAUUCUAUCGAAGAAAUCGAUGACAGUUCUCACGUUGCAACAGUUCUUCAACCUCAACUCUUCAAAUUUGACUGCUGGAUAGGAAUCGACUAUUUUCUUAUUUUCGGUGGACUCAUUGGAAUUUUUGCAAAUCUUGGCUUUGUAGCUUGGUACUUUCUUUCAUGA